AAAGUGCGGCGCUUCCUCUAUAUCCUCGCCAAUUCCGCUUUCCUCUCGCAUCGCCUCGUCGCUCCUCCGCUGCAAUUGCAAAUAGCGGCGGCGCGAGCCCUCGAAACCCAGAAGCGCGACUGCAAACGGAGCUGCCAAUUCCCCAGACCCCCGAAUCCCCACCAACCCCUAACUCCGUCUCCAAUCGCGCGCCUCCUAACCCUAGCCGUCCCCAUGGCGGCGGCGCGGCCGUGAGGGGGGCCGUACGGAUCGUGCGGGAGAUGGAGGGCGGUGUCGCAGCGGCUGCCGCUGCCGCCGCUGCUGCUGCCGCGGCCGCGCUGUCCCCGCCGGUGGCUUCGGUUCCGGCGGCGGCGCACGCGACGGCGGGCAACGGCGGGGCGGUGGCCGCGCCGCCGCCGCCGCCGUUCCUGAUGAAGACGUACGAGAUGGUCGACGACCCGGCCACGGACGACGUUGUGUCCUGGGGUCCCGGGAACAACAGCUUCGUCGUCUGGAACACGCCCGAGUUCGCAAGGGACCUCCUCCCCAAGUACUUCAAGCACAGCAACUUCUCCUCCUUUGUCAGGCAGCUCAACACUUACGGGUUUAGAAAGGUUGAUCCAGAUAGAUGGGAAUUUGCAAAUGAGGGUUUUUUGAGAGGACAAAAACAUCUACUGAAGACCAUCAACAGAAGGAAACCAUCGUUACAGGGGAACACCCAACCACAGCAGCCCCAGCUGCAGAGUGCUCCUUUGCCUGCUUGUGUAGAGGUGGGUAAGUUUGGGUUGGAGGAAGAGAUCGAACGGCUUAAAAGGGAUAAAAAUGUUCUAAUGCAAGAGCUUGUCAGGCUGAGACAGCAACAGCAGACAACUGACCAUCAGCUGCAGACUUUGGGCAAGCGUCUUCAGGGGAUGGAGUCACGGCAACAACAAAUGAUGUCUUUCCUGGCUAAAGCAAUGAAAAGUCCUGGUUUCCUAGCACAGUUUGUACAGCAAAACGAGAAUAGCAGAAGAAGAAUAGCCGCCGUGAACAAAAAAAGGAGGCUACCUAAGCAAGAUGGUGGCCUAGACUCUGAAAGUGCUUCAGUGGAUGGCCAAAUUAUCAAGUAUCAGCCUAUGAUCAACGAAGCCGCCAAAGCAAUGCUAAGGAAGAUCCUAAAGCUAGAUGCUUCACAUAGAUUUGAAUCUGUGGGCAAUUCAGAUAAUUUUCUACUGGAGAAUUAUUUGCCAACUGCCCAAGGUUUUGACAGCUCUUCAUCAACUGGGAAUUCCGGGGUCACCCUUGCAGAGGUUCCAGCUAACUCAGGUUUGCCAUAUAUCGCUGCCAGCGCUGGACUUUCAUCUAUUUGUUCGCCUUCAACGACUCCCGGAAUCCAUUGCCCAGCUGUGUUGGACAACAACUCAUCCAAACAACUUCCUAACAUGAGUGUUGUCCCUCCUGUUCCAAAGCCUAUGGCACCAGGCCCAUGUGGUAUCACUAUUCCGGAAUUCCCAGAUCUGCAAGACAUAGUAACUGAAGACUCUGUUAACAUUCCUGGAGGGAGCUUUGAAAUGCCUGGCCCUGAGGGUGUAUUCCCCCUGCCCGAAGAGGUUGAUGACAGUGUCCCCAUAGAGACUGAUGAAAUUUUGUACAACGAUGACACUCAGAAACUUCCAGGCAUCAUCGAUUCCUUCUGGGAGCAGUUUCUGGUAGCUAGCCCUCUGUCUGUUGAUAAUGAUGAAGUUGAUUCAGGUGUACUGGAAACACCACAAGAGAAUGGAUGGAACAAAGUGGAUAAUUUGGCUAAUCUUACAGAGCAAAUGGGCCUUCUGUCAUCAAAUCACAGGGUGUGAGAUGUAAUCGUGCACCUCCAUAGCUACCCUAUCUUAAGCAGUUAAACUAGCCUGAGACUCUGGUAAUAAGCUUCCACAGCACCCCCCUACCCUUUUUUAAUGAUAUUCCCUUUGCUCAAACCAUACUGAAUUAUCCACCACUCAACCUAUAUGCGGUCUUCCACCUAUAUGUAUCCAUCUUGGCAUGUUCCGGGAAUUCACCUGCUUGUAUUUAGGUUUGGCAGGCUUGAGAGCAGAACGAUGUAACAUGUCAAAUCUGUAUGGUUACUUGUAUUGUAGUUGCUGAUAUUGUUUUUUCGUGCUCUGCUAUCUGGUUGCACCUGACUUCGGGCAGGGGCACUACUGCUACUGUCUUUUUCAUCCAGAGGCUAGUAGUAUUGACUUGUGACUGAUUUUGCA